GUAACUCUUUAUUUUUCAUUUCCCCUUUGAUCUUACAUUGGAAGUUGAACUAUAUAGGAAAACCUUGAUUUAAUACCAAAACCCCUCUGCUCCCUUACCAGUCCAAUGGGUGCCUUACCUUCUCCACCACGACUAACAACGCCACAACCUUCGCCAUCACCUGAAUUUUCUUUAUCAAAAUAUAGAGUUUGUGCCUCAUUUUGUCACCAGAACAUUUCCAAUUGGAUAGAGUGCUACGAUCCAUCUAACAACACUUGGAGUCAUCUUAGCCUAAUUCCAGGCCUAAUUGAUAACCAUGUCUUGAAGGAUUUUGUCAUGGUUUCGUUAGGUAAUUCAAUUUAUAUAAUUGGUGGAAGGUUAUGUCACAGGGAAAGAUCAUCUUCUGAAUAUGAUGAAAUUAGUGACAGUGAAAUCGAAGUACGAUCAAAAGUUCUACGAUACAAUAUUAUUUUAAACGAAUGGUUUGAAUGCGCAUCGCUAAAAAUACCCCGUUAUGAUUUUGCUUGUACCACGUGCAAAAAUAAAAUUUAUGUAGCAGGAGGGAAGUCCAACUUGGGUAGUGCCAGAGGAACUUCAAGUGCUGAGGUAUAUGAUCCAAUUGCUGAUGAAUGGACUCCACUGCCAAGCAUGAGCACAUUAAGGUACAAAUGUGUAGGUGUAACAUUUCAAGGAAAGAUUCAUGUGGUAGGGGGGUUUGCAGUGAGAGUGGAUUCGGACAAAACCGAACCGUUUGUAACGGAACGAAGCUCUGCCGAGGUGUACGAUACGCGAGCAGGGAAGUGGGACCUUGUGGCGGGGAUGUGGCAACUAGAUGUUCCACCUUACCAAAUUGUAGCUAUUGGUGAAAGGCUGUUGAGCUCAGGCGAUUGCCUAAAAGCCUGGAAAGGUCAUAUUGAAGCAUAUGAUGGGAGGCUUAAUAUGUGGGAUGUGGUAGAUGGGUCGCAUUUACAAACUCUAAAUUCUCCAAUUUCUACGUCAGCUGCCAACUCAAAACAUUGGUCACCAAGCCAGCGUUUAUACCUAACUAUGGCGCCAAUAGGGACACACUUGUAUUUCUUGGCAGGUUAUCGGAUGGCAGGGGAACUCCCACGUACGGUCUCCACAGUCCACAGUUUUGACACAUCAGCAAAGGAUCAUGCAUGGAGGCGCUUUGAGCCUGUGGAAGAGGAGGGUGAGAAAGUUCUUUGCAGCCAUUGUUGUGUUGUUCAAAUUUCUUAAUUAACAACUUAAAUUUUGAUUACCAGUUACACUCUUUGUGGCAUCUUAUAAGUAGAUUAAUAUCAUAUCAUAUGAUGUAGUUUUUUCCUUUUUCAAGGUUUGUUUUACUCUUAUUAAUGUCCCUGAAGCUGUUAUAAUCUCAGCUCAGGAAUUUACUUACCUUUGUCGCUAAAUAAGAUUAGAUUUUG